CUCCCUCCGCCCUUCUUACUGUUGUGACUGCACCUGCUGCAUGUGACCGCAGGCACAGAAGGCAGCCGCUGCCGCAGCCGCAGCCCCGGUGACGAGGCAGCCGCAGCAGCCCUGCCAGCUCCCUCCGGCUCUCAUUUGAAAAAUGGGAGACUGAGCCGGAGGAGGGGGCGGAGAAGCUCCUUGCACAGCUACUGCCCCCACGGAUCCAAGGAGCCUCCUGGAAUGGGCACUGGUCUGUUUUGAUGUGGCGAUUACCUCGGGAGUCCCAGGAGUUUAAAGACAGAUGAGAGAAGGGAGAAGCCUGCAGAGACCAUCAAAAGAUGAGGUGUGCUCUAAAGGGAUCGGGGGAGUCCUUUGACAAGAAUCUGUCAUGCACUGAAAUGCUUUCUGGAGAAGGUGCCAUUAUUUGCCUCCCCUUGUGCUCAGAUGAAAGGAGCCUGCAAGGACUGGUCUGAAGUAUGCCUCAGGGACCUUUCUGUCAUUGUUCCUCUUUCCCCUUGCACAGAGCUAUUGCUGACCUUUCCAGAGGAAUCUCUGUCCCAAGUUCCAGCUAAGAAGACAAUUUCUUAUUAAAAAACAAAAACAAAACAAAAAAAAAAAACAGCACAGUAAUAAUUCCUUCUUUUUGAAUGGGAGGUGCAGCUUGUUUGCUGCAGUUCUUUUUGCUGUGACAUUUUGGAAUGUCUGCAGAAACUUUAAAAAAAAUACCUUAAAAACUCCUUGGAUUAACAAGAGGAAAGGAAGUUUUUGCCAAAAGGAAGUAAAUGAGAGGUGGUAACUUAUCCCUGAUCCAGAACCUGGAUGAUCAAAACCUUUGAGUUCUAGGAAUCAGCACUUCCAACCUAACAUAUAAACAAACAGGAGAAGCAAUGGCUGAGGAGUGUCACGCAGAGGCAGGUUUUAAGGAAAUCUGAAAACUGGUUGUGAACUUCGGGCCUGUAUGAUGCCUGAGGACCGAAAUACAGGGGGACGCCCCUCAGCUGCCUUAGCAUCGACACCUUUCAUUCCUAAAACGACAUACAGAAAAAUCAAAAGAUGCUUUAGUUUUCGGAAAGGCAUUUUUGGACAGAAACUCGAAGACACUGUCCGUUAUGAGAAGAGAUAUGGGAACCGCCUGGCUCCAAUGUUGGUGGAACAGUGUGUAGACUUCAUCCGACAGAGGGGGCUGAAAGAAGAGGGUCUCUUUCGACUUCCAGGCCAGGCUAAUCUUGUUAAGGAGCUCCAGGAUGCUUUUGACUGUGGGGAGAAGCCAUCAUUUGACAGCAACACUGAUGUACACACGGUGGCUUCACUUCUUAAACUCUAUCUCCGAGAACUCCCGGAACCUGUUAUUCCAUAUGCAAAGUAUGAAGACUUUCUGUCCUGUGCCAAACUGCUCAGCAAAGAAGAGGAAGCAGGUGUUAAGGAAUUAGCAAAGCAAGUGAAGAGUUUGCCAGUGGUCAAUUAUAACCUCCUCAAGUAUAUUUGCAGAUUCUUGGAUGAAGUACAGUCCUAUUCUGGAGUUAACAAAAUGAGUGUGCAGAACUUGGCCACUGUUUUUGGCCCUAAUAUCCUUCGACCUAAAGUGGAAGAUCCUUUGACCAUCAUGGAGGGCACUGUCGUGGUCCAGCAGCUGAUGUCAAUGAUGAUUAGCAAACAUGAUCACCUCUUCCCCAAAGAUACAGAUGUGCAAGGCAAGCCACAAGAUGGAACAAGCAACAACAACAAUGAAAUUCAGAAGAAAGCCACCAUGGGUCAGCUACAGAACAAGGAGAACAAUAAUGCCAAGGACAGCCCUGGUCGGCAGUGCUCUUGGGACAAGUCCGAAUCUCCCCAGAGAAGCAGCAUGGAUAAUGGAUCCCCCACAGCUCUAUCAGGUGGCAAAGCAAAUAGCCCAAGGAACAGCAUUAACAAACUGGAUGUCUCUCGGAGCCCCCCUCUCAUGGUCAAAAAGAAUCCGGCCUUCAAUAAGGGAAGUGGGAUAGUCACCAAUGGCUCUUUCAGCAGCAGUAAUGCAGAAGGUCUUGAGAAAACCCAAACCACUCCCAAUGGGAGCUUACAAGCCAGAAGAACCUCUUCGCUGAAGGGGUCUGGUACGAAAAUGGGAACCCACAGUGUACAGAAUGGAACAGUGCGCAUGGGCAUUUUGAAUAGUGACACCCUUGGGAACCCCGUGAAUGGUCGCAGCAUGAGCUGGCUGCCCAACGGCUAUGUGACCCUGAGGGACAACAAGCAGAAAGAGCAGGUGGGAGAGUCAGGUCAGCACAACAGGCUCUCCACCUAUGACAACGUCCAUCAACAGUUCUCCAUGAUGAACCUUGAUGACAAGCAGAGUGUGGACAGCGCCACCUGGUCCACCUCCUCCUGUGAAAUCUCCCUCCCUGAGAACUCCAACUCCUGCCGCUCCUCCACCACCACCUGCCCAGAACAAGACUUUUAUGGGGGGAAUUUUGAGGACCCUGUUUUGGAUGGGCCCCCUCAGGAAGACCUUUCCCACCCUGGGGACUAUGAAAAUAAAAGUGACCGGAGGAGUGUAGGAGGUCGAAGUAGUCGUGCCACCAGCAGCAGCGACAACAGUGAGACAUUUGUUGGUAACAACACCGGCAACCACAGUGCCCUGCACAGCUUAGUUUCCAGCCUGAAACAGGAAAUGACCAAACAGAAGAUAGAGUAUGAGUCCAGGAUAAAGAGCUUAGAACAGAGAAACUUGACUUUGGAAACAGAAAUGAUGACCCUCCAUGAUGAACUGGAUCAAGAAAGGAAAAAGUUCACAAUGAUAGAAAUCAAAAUGCGAAAUGCCGAGCGAGCAAAAGAAGAUGCAGAGAAAAGGAAUGACAUGCUUCAGAAAGAAAUGGAGCAGUUUUUUUCCACAUUCGGGGAGCUGACGGUGGAACCCAGGAGAACCGAGCGAGGAAACACAAUAUGGAUCCAAUGAACCUCCAUUCUCCCGUUGUCUCCAAUAGAUCUGGGAAGGACUCUGGGGUCCUGAUGGGAAUAUUAUGUGGGAUCAGGUGGCUGGUCCCCUGCUGUACUGAGCUCUAACUGGUGAAAGAGUAUCAUUUUCUGGCAUUACCCAUCCAUAUCUGCAAUGUGUACCAAAGUUAUAUCAUACCCCAUAAUGCUACUGUCAAGUGUUACAACUGGAUAUGUGUAUAUAGAGUAGCUUUAAAAGGUAAACUAAAAGGAGAAGCAUAGCUCAAGAAUUAUUUUAUUGCAAGUCUUGUAUUUAAAAUGUUAAAUUGAUACAUUGUUGCAAUUUAGCUUGCUUUCAAGCUUCACCCCUUGCACUUAACAUAAGCUAUUUUUGGCAUUGUGUUAUCAUCAGCUUAUUUUAUAGAUCAAUAUUUUUAUUUCCCCUUUUGUUGAGGAAAUGAAGAUAAGCAGAUAUAUAAAUAUAUAUAAAUAUAUAUAAGAUGAGAUAUUAAAAUCAAAAGAAUA